CAGCGGUGGAUACACCGGCGACGACAACUCUUCGUCGUAAAUUUCCACCGGUGGCCGACGGAUACCUAUAGCUCCAAUGUCGGAGCUGCUUCCUCCUCCUCCUCCUCCUCCUCCCCCUGGGAGGGAUUCCGGAUUUGGAGAUCCUGCAUUGGUUUUUCCUGAGUUUGCUGCGAAACAAUGCGUUCUCGAAAAAGUUAUAGAGGAAGAAGGAGAAGGGGAAGAUAGUAGCUAUGGCAAAGGUUCUUUUGAUCUGAGUUCGAGAUUCUCAAGCCCUUCUAUAUCUCGAAACGGAUUUGAUGAUGUUGAAAACCCGAGAAAGGCUUCGUCUUUUAAGCGGCCUCCUUCUGGGUCGAGACUGUCUGGCUUUCGAGAGGAAGAAGAGGCCGAUCGGAGUAGAAACUCGGGUUCCUUUGUGGAUCAUAUCGGUCAGGAGGACAAGAGGAUAUGCGCCUCUGGAUGUUUCAGAAAAUGCUGCGCGUGUACCUGCAUGUUUGUUUCCAUUGUCCUUAUAAUCGUCUUGUUGGUAGGAUUGUCUGCAAACUCUUCAAUCAAAUCUAUACUACCUCAGGUGCUUGUCACAAACCUCAAGUUCUCGAGAUUGGAUGUCGCCAAAUCAUCGACAGAUCUUCUGAUGAAUGCGAACUUGAACACGGUGCUUCAGCUCUCUAAUAACAACGACAAGACGGUUCUAUAUUACAGCCCCAUGAAAGCUGAUAUAUCUUCUGAGAACAUAAACCUCGGAAAGAAAAUGCUUCCUGGAUUCAAGCAGGACCCGGGAAACGUUACUUCUUUGAAGAUCCUCACAAGACUCAGAAAAUCCAAAGUCUAUGAUGUUGAUGCUACAUUGCUGACAAACAAAGAGAAGACGCUUGAAGCUGUGGUUGAUGUGUUCUUGAGAGGGAAACUGAGUGUUGAUUGGUUGGGAUUUAAGGUUCAUAUACCAAUUGUUAUUGCGUGCGAGAAUGUGAAGCAGAGUGAUGUGAUAAAUGGAGUCAAACCAGCGUGCGAUGUUCGAACCUUUUCCCAAUGAAAACAAUGAGAGCUAUUGAUGAUACACAUAAGACCCUCUGAUCUUUGUUUUGUUCUGUUCCUUUUUGUUGUUGCUAAUUUUCUUGUUGUAGAUUGAUGAAUACAUAGAAAGAGAGAAGUGACUUAACUUUUGUUUCUCUAAACUUAACAUCAAGAAUCCACAAGUUAUCUACUUUUUUUUUCUUCACCUAAGUCUAUGUUUUCUUCAUCAUUGACUUAGCUUGUAAAUGAAAGUUGUGACUUAUC